AUGAGUAGUAUGAUUCCAUACACAAUCGUCUCGAUAAUCGCAUUCGGCGUCACACUCUACAUCUCACUCGACAUCGCACUGGGCGCUACGGACUUGAUUGGGGGCGUAUCCGAUCCUCCGGAGGCGUUGAGGAGUAUUCCAUUGUUUGUGUUGACGAGUAUUUGGCCUGGGGCCUGCGCCCUCCUCUACCUCCUCCUGAUGUCCUACAUCGUCCUCCACGUCCUGAAAGAAACCAAACCGAUGUGGUUCUACCUCCUCUCUGCGGUUUUGUUCGUGUUGAGUCAGUUGGCGUUGUUUUUGUUGGGGAAGGUUGUUUGUCGGGCAUCGGACGCGAAAGUCGACGGUUCGUUCAUUGCUACCAUCCUCGAAACUGCCGCAGUGGGCGUAUUGUAUUUGGCGUGGAAGAGUAUAACUGAAGAAUCAUGGGACGACGAUUAUUACCCGUCAUAGUAACACGCACGAUCUUGGCAGUUUCUUUUUUGUAUACCUAUCGUUCGGACCCGCCAUACCUCCUUUUUUUUAACGUUCUUUCAGUGCUUUUACUUACAUACGCAUCCGCGCUUCCUUCCUGCCCUCCGUUGCAUGCCUCGCAUGGCCAUUGGAACACUCGCAUCCCCUCCUGCCAUUGCACGCCGCGCCGACCAAGUACCAAUUACACGGCGCCGCCAAACAUCUCCGCCCAUUUGCUAUGCCCUACAUACCACUCACUGACAUACAUACAUUCGAUACUUAUCUUCAUUUGUUGCUUACGCCGCUACCCUUUUUUCUAUUCAUUUCGUAGUUACGUUGUUCAACGUCCAACUCGGCUGUUAGAUCAGCUGUUGUUAAAGUUGU